AUGACUCACCAGCAGAGUACAGUGCGCAUAGGGGUUGAUGUCGGAGCUCACCACAAGACGCCUACCACACCCGAUGUGACAGCAGGCAUCGAAGCUGCUGUGCGCAAUGUGCUGGAGAAAUCACAGCUUCCUGCGACUGCUAUAGCGAGCGUCACGGUCGGGACGACGCACUUCAUCAACGCCGUCAUUGAGCAAGACGCAAGACGCCUGCGUCGUGUGGCCAUCAUUCGACUGUCGAAGAGCUUUCUCCGAGAGGUCCCGCCGUUCAGUGAAUUCCCAUCUGGACUGACGAGCAUUAUCCGCGGCUACGUCGGAUACGUUGACGGUGGGCUGCACAUAGAUGGUUCCGAGGAGGCUCCGAUAGUAGAAAGACAGAUCGUGGAGCGGUGUGCAGAGAUUAAUAAGCUUGGUUUGACGACCAUCGUCAUCGUGGGAUCUUUCUCGCCCAUCGACGAAUGCUUCCACCAGGAGGACCGAGUCAAAGAAAUCGUCCUGCGGGAAAUACCCGGCGCCGACGUUGUCGUCUCGCACGAAGUCGCCAACAUUGGGCUACUAGAACGAGAGAAUGCAAGCAUUCUCAACGCCGCGAUCUUGAACUAUGCAAAGAGGACUGUGAAAAGUUUCCGGCGGGCGAUGGCCAAUCUGUCGCUGAAAUGUCCUCUUUUCCUCACCCAGAAUGACGGAACUUUACUCGAUGCCGCGGCCGCGGCGAACAUACCAAUUCGAACAUUCUCUUCCGGAGCUACAAAUUCGAUGCGUGGGGCGGCGUAUCUGGCUGGUCACAGUACGAAUGGCUCUUCUGCGAUCGUGAUCGACAUUGGUGGGACGACGAGCGACGUGGGUGUACUGCUUCCCUCCGGACUUCCACGCCAGGCCUCGGCGUAUGUGACAGUUGCUGGCGUUCGUGUGAAUUACGCAAUGCCCUCGCUGCAUUCUGUCGGACUUGGUGGCGGCUCGAUCGUUCGACAGGAGGGCGAAAAGGUGACGAUCGGGCCAGAGUCGGUCGGUCACUACCUCACUAGAGAUGCUCUGGUCUUCGGAGGAAAUGUGACCACGGCAUCGGAUAUUGCACCUCAGCAGAGGAUACAGUCACUGCUAGAAAGUGCGGUGGACAUCAUCAAGACUUCGCCCGCACCUUUACCUGUCCUGCUGGUAGGAGGAGGCGCCACUCUCGCACCGUCAUCUUUGCGUGGUGCUUCUGAGCUCAUCACUCCUCCGUUUCAUGAUGUCGCAAACGCCGUAGGCGCAGCGAUCUCGAAAGUCGGCGGCACAGUUGACAUCAUUCAAGGCGUCGCCGAGCAGUCUUCAGCUCAGGCAAUCGAGAAAGCCAAAGCCAUGGCGAUUGAGCGAGCCAUUGCCGCCGGUGCCGUUCGAGAGACAAUCAUCAUCGCGGAGCUGGAGACGUAUCCGAUAUCGUACGUUGCGAACCAGUUGCGCACCAUUGCGAAGGCAAUUGGCGAGCUCGAUGUGAACCUCAACGUCCCUCAGCUUGACGAGGAUGAUGCCGAUGAUUGUGAAGACGAAGCCGAGACGAUGAAGAACUUCUCGGUCAAAGUGAUCGACGAACCACCGGUUGAUCCGCUUACGUACAAGCCCACUGUGACAAAGUCGCCAGAGAGUGCCGCAUCCCGCAUCCAGCUGCGAGACAUGCUCCGCGCAGGACACAAAAUGCGGGUCAUUGAUGCCUCGUCUCUACCGGAGAACGCCAGUAUUUACUGGGGCGGACAUAUGGGUUCUCCAGCAACGUCGAACGAGCGAUUGCAAUCACUCGAGACUGUGGAUGCCUUCCGUGCAUUGAUGGAGUAUCUUGAACAUGACUCGUUCGACGCAGUCAUGGGGCUGGAGAUUGGCGGGGCGAAUGGAUUGGAGCCAUUCCUGGUGGCCAGCUCACGCUUCUUUAAUCGGCCAGUCAUAGAUGGCGACUGGAUGGGUCGAGCGUACCCAACGUAUUGGCAGACAACACUGUGUGUGCAUGCGCCGGGCGAGCUUGUACCGUGUGCGAUCGAUUCUGGCGACGGGAAGACGAUCAUCAUGACGAAGGCUUCGAACGAUGAGAUUGUCGACCGAGCUUUGAGGGCUUCGUGUUCCGAGAUGGGCAGUCGAGUGGGCCUUGCAGCGAGACCGAGCACGAAGCAACGGGUACAGGACUUUGUGGCCGAGGCCAUUAUCGACCAGGUUGGCGGACACCAGAGUGCAUGCAUACUGUUCCGCGGCAAGAUCGUCGAGGUGGAGAGACGACUCUUCAAGGGUCAUUCUUAUGGCAGCAUCACCAUUGCAAGUCUGAACUCAGACGAGGAGGAAGACUCGUCAACGUCUCAAGCUAGCCGAAUGCCAGCUCGAGCUUCUGGUGGAACAUUGACCAUUCCAUUCAAGAACGAAAAUAUUUAUGCAGAGCACACGGCUGAUACUGGAGCGAAGAGCAUCAUAUGUUCGGUCCCGGACUUGAUCUGCGUCCUGGAUACAGGGUCGGGUAGAUCACUGGGCGUGCCUGAGUUUAAGUACGGCUACAGAGUGACUGUGCUUGGAAUAACUUCUAGCCCGAGAUGGAGUGACACCGACCAAGGUCUAGCAAUUGGUGGGCCGUCCGCGUUCGGAUACGACAUUCCAUAUAAGCCAAUCGGGACGUAUGUCGAGCCGAGGAGUGUGAUUGACGAGUAUUCGUCGAAAUAG